AUGGACGGCGGCAAAUACAGUAAGACGACAACGUCGGCGGAGCACGAAAGCCUUAAACGAUUCGCUUUCGUCGGUGUCGCCGUCUCUACGAUCGCAACCUUAACUGCGAUUAUUGCUGUACCUAUGCUCUGUAUGCAUAUGCAUACUAUUCAUUCUGGGAUUCAAGAAGAAAUCACCUAUUGUCGGACAAGAAACGCCAGAAUGCGUGGAGAAUACACGAAGCUGGAAAGCUUCCGCAAUCUUGCGUUACGUCAAAAACGUCAAUAUCCGGAACUCUGCUGUUCAUGUGGUAUCGGAGAUGUAGGACCAAUAGGACCUAAAGGAGAUGAUGGAGAACCAGGAGCCGACGGGAAGCCGGGUAAACCAGGUAUCCCUGGACCAGAUGCGCCAAGUCAAACCGCUGUUCCAAGCAAGGAGGACUUCUGCUUUGAAUGUGAACCAUCACCGCCCGGUCCGGAUGGAGUUCCUGGACCGAUGGGACCACCAGGACCGAUGGGAGCUCCUGGCGAGAGAGGCCCAGCUGGACCACCUGGUCAUCAGGGUCCACCUGGACCCCGUGGAGCGCCAGGUUCCCCCGGCGAAGACGGCGAAGCAGGACCACGUGGUCAGCCUGGCACUGUCCGAACUCUUCCAUCAAAGUCGGGAGAAAUGGGACCACCAGGCGAACAAGGGCCUCCAGGUCCUCCAGGUCCUGAAGGUCGACCUGGGCAGCCCGGACGAAACGGACAACCUGGACAGCAAGGUAGCCCUGGAGCAGAUGGACCGGACGGAAAGAAUGGUGAAAAUGGACCACAAGGUCCUCCCGGAAAGGAUGGAGCAAAGGGAUCAUGCGAUCAUUGCCCUGUUGCACGUACUCCACCAGGCUAUUAG